AUGAACCGGUCAGGGAGGGUGCUGCACGGAACCCGCAGUGAGCCCGAGGGGCUGAAGGGCCUCGCACCCCAGCACGCCAGAGCUGCUGCCGUGAGCAAGAUCACGGGGCAGGAGCUGUGGCACAGGCCCCAUUAUAAAUCGAACGCCCAGAAUGAGGAGUCAACAGAUAAGCAGCACAGGUCUGAAGAAGACUCUGUCAUCCCCAUGAUUGUGGAUGACCAGUAUGAGGCCAGCUUAGAAAGGCAGUGGGCAACCCUUGAAAGGGAAAGAGGAGCCAGACCUCUCCAAGACCUAGGUCCCACGGAAGUCACUGAAUUAACCCCUGUGAAUCUUAACACGAGAGAGAAACGCUAUAUAUGCGCCGAGUGUGGGAAAAGCUUUAGCAACAGCUCAAAUCUUACUAAACACCGGAGAACACACACUGGGGAGAAGCCUUACGUGUGCACCAAAUGUGGGAGAGCUUUCAGCCACAGCUCAAACCUCACCCUUCAUUACAGAACCCACAUGGUGGACCGCCCCUACGACUGCGGCAAGUGUGGGAAAGCCUUCAGUCAGAGCUCCGAUCUCCUCAAACAUCAGAGAAGCCACACUGGAGAGGCACCGUAUCAGUGUAAAGAUUGUGGGAAAUCUUUCAGCGGUAAAGCCAGCCUCGUUCGUCAUUAUCGAACACACACCGGGGAAAAGCCUUAUCAGUGUAAGGAAUGUGGGAAGCGCUUUAGUCAGCACGCAGGGCUCAGUUCACAUCAGAGACUCCACACUGGCGAGAAGCCCUAUAAGUGUAGGGAAUGUGGUAGGGCCUUCAACCACAGCUCAAAUUUUAAUAAACACCAUAGAAUCCAUACUGGGGAAAAGCCCUAUUGGUGUAAUAAUUGUGGGAAAGCCUUCUGUAGUAAGUCUAAUCUUUCCAAACAUCAGAGAGUCCACACCGGAGAGGGGGAAAUACUAUAACUGUCUAGUAUACACCUUUUUACAUUUUAUUUUUAGAAUAUAAAUGCAAAGAAGAAACCUAGUCAUUACAAUAUAAACUGUGUUGGUGGCUUUUGCCUCCUCUCAGCAUCAAGGAGUCCCUGAGGAACCAGGGCCUCAGUGAGCGCCUUGCUCGCAUUUUGAAAACUCACCAUACCUCAGGUCCCAGGAAACCAUACUGGCCAGGCCUUUUGUAUAGCUGAACUGUUGCAUCCAAAGUGGUGGUGUCACCAGUUAGUGUCAUCUGGUGCAGUCAUUUAUGGUUUCACACCCAGGCGCACAGAGUGAGCAGAGCCAGCCAGCCAACCACACCCUGAAGGGUGAGAUGGGAAGGUUGGUGAUGAGGACUUAACCAAGCUGGGUGAUAGGUGAUACCAACCCUAGUGAUGCCACUGCCUUGGCGUCCCCUGCCCCUGUAGUGCUGGUCCAUCUGCCGCCGGAGUCAUUUGAUAUCACACUGACAGUGUUGGCUGCAGUAUACACCACCUUCCCCUGCUAGUGAUGCCACUGUGCCAAAUAUAAUUAAAGGAGAAACAUUGUGACUAAUAAUUGUAACCCUUGGAAUAGGUUUAGUGAAUUCAGAUGUUUAAAGAACGGAGUCACUUCCGACAAUUUAAUAGAUUCAGAAUAAGCUUAUAAUAUCUCGUAAUGCCUCAAGACCAGUAAAAUAAACAAUGUGUUGAACCAUUAUAAA